AUGACUCAAGACAAGGGCAAGGCAGUAGCGCCGGGCUUCUUCUCGGUGCUGCUGGGUCGAGGCACAGCCAACCUCAAGACAGAGACACAGACUGAAGCAGCCAAACGCCCAUCGAUCGACGCUCGGCCUGCGAAGCCUGCCCGAGUCGAGUCAACAAUCAUCUCAGCCCAGGAACAAGGAAGAGCGUCGUUCGCUGCGAAGAGAGGCAUCGCACCACCAAGAUCCUCUAUGACAGCCGACCGAACACGAACGGUUGCAAAACGGGAGCCUCGAGCUAGACACACAAGUGAGAACGCAGCCCUCGAGGCUGCCGUUCGACGACAUGCGGGAGCCCUGGCGGAGCGACCAGACGCAAACAACCGCGAAGACACACAGCCUCGACCCCGCGCUUCCUCCAUGCGACAGCCCAAGACAGACCGCAACUUUGUCGAUGCGAGAGAUGUGUUUGACGGGCAAGACGAAGGCAAGGCCACUCAACGUCAAGCACGAAAGGUGGCAUUCCGAACACCGACGAGCUCGCUUCACAAAGGUAGUGACGAACCCAAUCUUGGAGCAGCCGGCAGCAGCUCAGAGUCAUUCCACGCUCCACCACCGAAGAGCAGGCCGAUUCCCAAGGCAACGAAGCCGAAGCAUUCACGCGCUGCCUCGAAUGCUGACAUUGAAGGGCGUAACCGGACGGAGACACAGCACAACAGGAAAGAGCAGCCUCGUUCGUACUCGAGCAAAGACCGACGUGCCAAGGAGGGCGUCUACCCGUUCGCACCAGAGUCUGGUCGUGAUUCCUUCCAAGCCAUCAGAGCGCCGGGACCAGACCGGGUCAUCAUCGUGCCAGCCGGCGAUAGUCAACCCUGGCCAGCGACGAAUUACUCGUCCAACGCACCACCAGGCACAAGACGACCGGGACCGACUGCACUUGCACCCUACGCUCGCACCUCAUACGACAUCGGCCGUCAAAGGGAGAGACCAGCCGAAGCUCAGCCCAGCUCAUCGCAUCGACGCACCGUAUCUGCAGCAGCAGGACCAAGUUCUGCUUCCCGAGAGUCGGGCAGGUCGAGGAACCGCGUCGAAAGCACCCCAUCCCGUCCUUCCAUGUUGACCCGUCCUUUCCCUACCGCAAGUGCUGGUGAGGAUCGCUCUCAUUCUGCAUCAAGGACAAGGACCGGUGAACGAGUCCCCAGAGCGGCCCAACGCGGCAAUACGAGCGGAUCCAUGCUGAUGGGUUGCGAGCGACACUCCUCGGAUGCUCGUGCAAGAGUGCAGAGGGUCUGA